AUACGUUCCAAUUAAAAACAUCAUGGUUAAAUCAGGAUCUCCAGCUAAAGACGAGAGAUUCUCUCUGACUGACGACAAGAAGAACAGAGUUUUCACCGUCACCAUCACUGAUCUGAGAACAGAGGAUGAAGACACAUACUGGUGUGCUGUGGAGAGGAGUUUGCCUUUAACUGAUGUCUAUUCAGAGAUUUUGUUGCUGGUUAAACAGAGUCACAUCUCACAUUCAGGGUCUGUCAUAUACGUCAGUGUUGGGUUAGUCAUCAUGGUGAUCAUCUUCUUCAUGACGCUGAUGGUGUGGUGUAGGAAGAUUAGCAAGAAACCACCAAGAGUUUCACAAUCAGGACCUUCACAGCAAGGUCAGAUUUAGAUGCAUGAAACACACACACACACACACACACACACACAGACACACACACACACAGAACUUCUUUUUGAGAAUUAACUGAGGUUUAGAUAUUAAUGUUUUAUUUAAAAUGUUCGGCCACCGUUAUGGUGAUCAUGCUUUAUUUUAGUUGGGCAGUUUGACUCUUUGCUUUUUAUGUCAGUUUGUGGUUUUUGUAACAGUGUUUACCAAAACACAUAAUUUAGUGCAAAUAAAGGCAGAAACAAAGAUGAUCAGAUGAUAUAGUUUUCAACAUCAUAAAGUAGAAUAAGUAAUUAAUCUCCUCACUGACCAAAUAUGUUAUUAAUAGA